UAUCAAACAUCGCACAUCGAUUCACUGCAAUAGGCCGCACGUAAUUUGAGUGCACCGCAUCGAUGAAAUGGACAUUCCGUUCCGUUCAUAAUUUUCAUUGAACUCUGUGGCUGUGUUAUCCCUUCAUUGGGUCGCUACAUUUUCCUUCACUACUAGAUGAGAGCAAACAACUGGAUUUUGCGUCUCCUACUGACUCUGUUUCACUUCCAUAUCUCUCGGGCUAUAAUUCCCAAGGCAUGUGUGCAUAAUAUUACUGCUCUGGGUGGCAGUGGUGUUUGCUGCCCGACUCCGGCCGGGGCGAAAUAUCCGUGUGGUGGAAAGGGGAUUGGAACUUGUCAGCGUCUGUUCAUUCAAUUGGAAGUGCUGCCGACGCAUUUAUUGGUCGAUGACCGAAUGCACUGGCCGUCAAGAUUUUUCAAAUAUGCCUGCAGCUGUGAAGGCAACUACUUCGGAAUUGCAUGUGACGAGUGCUGGUUCGGAUGGAAAGGACCGUUGUGCAAUCAAAGAGAUGAGGUGGUGCGUCGUAACGUGCUCGCAUUCAAUGCAAAAGAGCGUGAUAUGUUCGUCAACAUUGUUGCAAAAACGGCCGAAAUACCAACGAAAUAUCUCAUUCUAUUCGAGGGUGACAAAGUCCACUCUGAUCCACUGUGGAAACCAAGGUUUCUGGAUGUAGAUUUGAAAUACUUUCUCGUUUUCUUGCAUGAAUAUCCUAGCAGAAGCACUCUGCAUCCAACACCUGAGGAAUGUCGUUAUUACCCAAAGAUUGAUAACAAUCAUAACGUGGUUGGCUUUGCAACUUGGCAUCGAUAUUUCGUCUUGUUUUGGGAGCGCGAAUUAAGGAAAAUUGCUUCAAAAAUGUACGGCUGGGACGAUUUUGCUGUACCGUAUUGGGACUGGGUGGAUGCGACAGAGUGCGAAGUGUGUGUGAACAGUUUGGUCGGUGCCCCAGGUCCGUAUGUGCAUGGGCUCCGCCUGCUUCAUCCUGAAAGCCCGUUUUCUAGAUGGAUUGAACAUUGCAGCAUGCCUAGUGAACGUACUAAAUGUUACGGGUGCCACGACGUGUGGCCAAACUUUAAACCCUUGCAUCGGGACUAUCGACAUAACGAGUUUCCCGGCACUCAUGAGAUUCAAUUUACCUUAAGUCGUAAAAGCUUUUAUCUUCCACAAAAGACCGAAGACGUGGGCAAAUGCCGAGGAUUCCACCAAGCUCUGGAGGGAUUCUGUGGGUCUCCUGAAGCCAAUGGGGACCAAAUGUACAUGCAUAACAGGGUACAUAAUAUGGUUACUGGGAGCUUUUGUUGUGCCGCAACUGCUGCAAAUGACCCUCUGUUUUUACUACACCACAGUCAAGUGGAUCGAAUCAUGCAGGUCUGGUUCGAACAUUACCGACCGAGGGUAACAGAGUAUCCAAAUCACGGAGUGGAGCCUGGCAGCUGUCGAGAAUGCAACAUGGUCGGCUUCAUCCCCACAGUGCGAAAUGUGCAAAUGUUUGUGGACAUGCGUGAUCUCGGCAUACAUUACGACAAUUACUACUUUGGAAAACAUGGAUAUGAUGGAAGUUUGUUUAUCAAGUUUGGUCCAUCUUAUUUCGUCACCAAGUGAACCAGGUUUGGCGCUGUUCAGGUUCAAACUAUUCUCGCCUUCCUAACCUCUCACUUCCGAGUCUGACAUCCACCGCACAUAAUUUAUUGGUAUAACUGUGAUCAAUCCCAUGGUGUGUGGCUAUCCAGAGUAUAGAAUACUGUACUAGCUAAUAAAGCCAUCCUAUGCUUUACCAUAAACGGAACUUGGCUGGCAGAUACAUGCUAAAUAGUUUGAAAUUCAAUCCCGAGUAAGUGCCUAAUAUACAUGAGCAAAUAACUACCGUGAUGUAACAAUUCACUUCCUGGCUUUAGUUUGUUUCGUAAGCAGAUAUAAAUUUAUUUGGUUUAUGAGCCAGCCUUCUUUUCUUUAUCGCUGGCCUGCAUGGCUUGUGGUAAUAAUUACAGCGAAGUAUUCCUUGUAAAACAACUUUUCCAUCAUUUUGUUUCACACAGGACAGCAGAGCUGCUAAUCACUUCUUUACGCACACCUGACUGUGACACGGAAUUUCCUUCUGUUUAAACACAUUGACAGUUCGCGAUAAAUAAAUCUGGUUCCUGUUCAGCUUCUUCC